CUCGAUUUAGCGAGUCACGUGAUGUGUUCUCUAAAAUAAGGAUGUAAGACAGAAAAUAAUAUAGACAGCUGCAAGUCAAACUGCACAUUAGUGUUUCUGCAAACCUGUGCUGACAUGAACUAUUUCGUUUACUUUAUUCAGGCGGUGCUGCACUGUUGGAUUGUGGGACUGGUCGUUUCCAGCGUCAGUGGAAAUCAGGUCUGGCCAGUGCCUUACAAUCGAGUUGACAGACGCCCAGAUGUUGAUCCCUUCUGCCAGGCUUUGUACCCUUUCUGCCCGACCGGAGAUCGAGAUGGUCGAAUACCCGUCAUGACAGACUCCGAUAUCAUCUCAGUGUUCAGACUACAGACUCCAGUGUGGGAGUUCAAAUAUGGAGACGUCAUGGGAAAGUUUCAUAUCAUGCACGAUGCCAUUGGCUUUGGAAGCGUGAAAACGGGAACAAACUUCACCAUGGAGUGGUACGAGCUGUUUCAGCUGGGGAACUGCACUUUUCCUCACGAGAGAGCGGGCAUGAGCGCGCCGUUCUGGUGUAAUCAGGGAGCCGCGUGUCUUUAUGAGGGCAUCGAUGACAUUCACUGGAAACAGAACGGCACGCUGGAGAAAAUAGGAGAGAUUUCAGGUGAGAUGUUCAAUGAGAUGGCUCGCUGGGUUCAGGAGGACAAUGCAACGGGUGUUUAUUACGAGACUUGGACGGUAAAGUCCGACGCUGGUCCAAACGCAACUACUUGGUUUGAGUCGUACGACUGUUCUCAGUUCGUGCACCGCACGUAUAAGAAAUUACUGGAUAUGGGUGCUGAACUGUCCAGCCAAACGCCAACGUAUUACACAAAGAUCUAUCUGUACAGUGGAGAGCCAGUCCAUUUAGGAAACGACUCUAUUUUCCAACAGUCGUCCAUGAAAGAUCUCGCCACAGACAUCAAGAAGUUUUACCACUCGUUUCGCUCUCACCAGUCAGUCAUAGAAAUGAUCGAGAGCUUGUUGGAGGCUUUUGAAAAAAUGGUCCUGGAGAAAACCUUCUAUUUUUACUACAACUCUGAAUACUGGAAGCUGCCUAUGAAAUAUCCUUACAUUAAAAUAAUCUACGAGGAGAUUCCUUUACCGUAAUCACCAU